AUGAUAAAGCAUCAGUGCAUUUGUAAAAUUUGCCGGUGUGGUCGCCACAAAUGUUCGCACAUUCAUCCGAAGCUGAACGAGGAGGCAUUCAGCAGAGUUACGGAAUAUACCGAACGAUACAUUGGUCAAAAUGGGGAAAGAGCCACAUCAUUAAAACCUAAAGCUUCUCCAAUUCACUCAAUCGAACCGUUAUCUGAAGAAACAACCCAUAGACACGAUUUUGUGCCACACCCACUUGAACCAAGAAAGCAGAAGGCGACGUCUGCUCAACAUGUCCCCAUUGGAACUUUUGGGGGUCAAAGUGUUUAUAACUCUGAUUAUACGAAAAAAUGUAUAACGCGUGUGGCCCCUUUCACCCCUCAACCGUCCGAAAAGAAAUUAGAAGCGUUUAAAGGUGAAGCUACAUAUACGGCGGACUACAAGGAGUGGGAUGUGGAACCACUCAAUAGUAUUGUACCGAAGAAUGAAUAUCAAAAACCCAUAGAUUCGUUCAAGGGAGAGUCAAUUUAUUCUACGGAUUAUGUCAGUCAUGGUCUUUUUAAACCUCCGAAUGCAGUUAAACCUUCGCCCCAACCAAUUCAAAGUGGACCUUUCAAUGGCAUUUCAACUUUCACAGCUGAUUAUAUACCUAAGAAUGCUGAGAAACAAACGCCAUUUCGUCCGGAGUAUACACCUUUAUCCUCAAAUGCACCAUUUGCGAAGGAAACGACUCACAACGUCGACUAUACUGAAAAGCCUCUUCCAGAGCACUUCCGUAGAAAUGUGGAAGAGUAUAAGCCAAGCAGUGCGGAAUUUGAUGGCAGAACAACGUACAGAAUCAAUUACAUACCACUAGAAGGUAAAAGGGCUAAAAUGAUAAAACCGGUAUCUGAAGCGCCAGAACGCAAUGGAGAAUUCUCAGAUAUGACAAAUUACAAAAAGGAGUAUCGUAGGUGGUCAAUUAAAGCUCGCGAAUCGACUGUCCGUGGUCCACCAAAGUAUCUCCCUCCAGAGGCACCAUUUGAUGGACAGACAAUCUAUCAGAAUGAGUACAUGGCUAAACUACUGGAACCUUGUCCAGUUUUGAGUCUACACUCAAACCCAGAUGUCAUUUGCGAGGGAGAGGUAAGCAUAAAUUUUGUCUCUAGACUGAUAUCUGUUUACCAUUUUUUCUAA